AUGGCAACGUCCAAUUACACAAAGUUUCUCACUACAAAUUCUAUGGACCACAAUGGAAAUGGCCUCCUUCCAAGUACAACCUCACAUUACCCAUCCGACAGAAAGGACCCAGUGGCUCUAGCUUUCGACCAGUGGGCUGCAAAUAGCGGUUUCACGUUCUCACAAGUUCCCAACAAUACACAAUCUGAUCUCAAAAUAAGCUACCAGAGACGGGCCCAUGGAGACGACCGAGUGUUUGAUGGCCCCAGGGGGGUGAUGGCCCAUGCGUUUGCUCCGAAGGACGGCAAUUUUCACUUCGACGCCGAUGAUUCCUUUGUGGUGGGCGCUGUUGCUGAUUCUUUUGACGUCGAGACGGUGUCGGUGCAUGAGAUUGGCCAUCUUCUGGGCCUCGACCACAGCCUGGUUCAGGAGGCUGUUAUGUACGAGUUCAUUGAGCCUGGUGCUACCAAACGCAACUUGCACCCCGAUGAUAUUGCUGGAAUCAAGGCUUUGUAUGGAUUCUGA